GCCAUGGCAGAGCACGGGGCUCACCUCACCACGGCCUCGGCCUUUGAGGACAGGCCGUCCAUCUUCGAGGUGGUGGCCCAAGACAGCUUGAUGUCAGCCGUGAGACCUGCGCUUCAACAUGUGGCUAAGGUGCUGGCAGAAUCCAACCCUGACCGUUACGGCUUCCUCUGGCGCUGGUUUGACGAACUCUACACCCUCCUGGACCUGUUGCUCCAGCAGCACUACCUGUCCAGCUGCAGCGCCUCCUUUUCUGAAAACUUCUACGGCUUAAAGAGGGUCCCACUGCGAGGCAGCAGGAGGCUGCCCAGCUGGCCGGCCCCGUUCGGGCUGCCGCAGAAGCAGCACUGGAAGUCCCUCUGCUUGCUGGUCCUCGUCCCUUACCUGAAAACAAAGCUGGAGAAGCUGGUCUCCCGGCUGCGGGAAGAGGACGACUACUCCAUCCACCCCCCGUCCUCGUCCUGGAAGCGCUUCUACAGGGCCUUCCUGGCAGCCUACCCUUUCGUCAACCUGGCGUGGGAGGGCGGCUUUCUGGCCCAGCAGCUGUGCUACAUCCUGGGGAAGGCCCGGCACCACUCGCCCCUGCUGAGACUCGCCGGGGUGCACUUGGUCAGGCUCACGGCAGAAGAUCUACAGGCCCUGGAGAAGAAACUGCUGGCUGCGAGUGCAGCUCAGCCACCCACCUGCAGUGUGAAAGGCCAGGUGAAGUCGGCUGUGAAGAAAGCCUUGGGGGGGCUGGCCUUCUCCCUCUCCACCGGCCUCUCCGUCGGAGUCUUCUUCCUCCAGUUCCUGGAGUGGUGGUACUCGUCCGAAAACCAGGAGACCAUCAAGUCGCUGACUGCCCUGCCCGCCCCGCCACCGCCCCUGCACCUGGACCACGACACAGCUUCCCCCCUCUUGCCAAAGCUCAGAACCAUCUGCCCGCUCUGCCGCAAGAUCCGAGCCAACGACACGGCCCUCUCCACGUCUGGCUUCGUCUUCUGCUACCGCUGCGCUUACAACUACGUGAGGAGCCAUCAGCGGUGCCCCAUCACGGGUUAUGCCACAGAACUUCAACACCUUGUCAAAUUAUACAUGCCUGAAAACUGAGCGGGGGGGAGGCAUCCUUGAUCUUGGGCACCAGGUGGGAGUUUCUGUAGUGUGUUUGGGAAAAUACCUGAGAUGGUGGCAAAGAGACAUUCCAGAGUAUGUGGUCUCUGUGAUCCCCUGACCUGUUAUACCCACCCCGUGGGAAGCAGUUGUGCUUUGUGGGAGGGGGCCUGUCUACUGAGGAUUCACCCCCAUUUCUUCCCCCUCCAACUCUUAAGUCCCUGAACUGCAAGAAGUCUUGAUUUUAAGGGAUAUGCACUUGAAUGUUUACACAAUGUAUACAAACCAACUUCUGUGUUUUGGCUUGCCACUGCCUGGGCCUGCCUUGCUUUGGGGAUUGUGCGUAUGUUUAUACAAACAUGUACCUAUGCUGCUGGACUCUGAAUGUGUACCCAUGCCGUCACCCCCAAAGUUCACCACUGAAUCCAUCUCUUUUUCCCUAUUAUAAAACAAUGAAUAACGUAUUU